AUGAUCAAAUCACCCUUACUUAUCGCUCUACUCUCUACUAUCGCUUUACUCCCAAACACACUGGCUGUGAACGGAAACGUCAAAAUCAACUUCCCCUCCGACACCUCAUCUCAACUUGCUGAUGGUUCCCUGGCAGUAAACCUAGAUGGCGGUUCGAGAAGCUUCCCCGCCGAUCAAUUGGUCUCGAAGUCCGUGUCAUUCUAUUGGAAAGGACCGAUCUGGUCUCUUACACCUCUUUCAGGUACAUCUGUAUCUUCCUCUGCCACUGUCAGUGGUCCUGUGGCUGCUACCGAGGCUGUUGGGGGUAGUAAUGGGUCAGGUCAAAGUCAGGUUUCAUGGCAACAAACUUGCAAAGUCUCAGUGGACGACCAAUUUGAUGGUGACGUAGAAUUCACCUUACAAUUGAAAGAAGCUGGAUUCAAAGGUCCAAAGGAUAAACAUGCCACGAUCGUGUGUGAUCAACCAUUGUGUCUCUUACCUGAAGGAGAGAAAUGCGAAGGACGAUAUGUCAUUCCAUUUGUUGACUCUACCGUCUAG